AAGCCUGAUCAGCUGACAUCCUCCAGCUUCCCCCUCUUGGUGUUUCUUCAUCUCCUCCAUCGACCGACUGCGUUUCUUUUAACAGCAUUAUUUUCGUUAUCUUGGCAUCACUGGCGUCAAAUAUUAGAUUUGAGCCAAAGAAAUCUGUGUGAUCCAGCAGGUUAGGCCGACAGGUAGAUGCUUCUCGAGUGUAUGAUGAACGGACACGCUAUUCUGUACACGGGGGUCACUUUGGCCUUCUGGAGUACCAUACUAAUCGUCGGUAUCUGCUAUACUAUAUUUGACCUUGGAUUCCGCUUUGAUGUGGCAUGGUUCCUGACAGAGACUUCUCCCUUUAUGUGGGCCAGUCUGGGCAUUGGCUUGGCCAUCUCUCUGUCUGUGGUGGGAGCUGCCUGGGGGAUCUACAUCACUGGCUCGAGCAUCAUUGGUGGUGGUGUUAAGGCUCCACGAAUCAAAACCAAGAAUCUGGUCAGCAUCAUCUUCUGUGAAGCUGUUGCAAUUUAUGGAAUCAUCAUGGCUAUUGUAAUCAGCAACAUGGCUGAGAGAUUCACCGGAACGACCCCUGAGACCAUCGGAGCAAGGAACUACCAAGCUGGUUACUCCAUGUUUGGAGCUGGUCUGACUGUGGGCUUUUCCAACCUCUUCUGUGGCAUCUGCGUGGGCAUCGUGGGCAGCGGAGCAGCUCUGGCAGAUGCUCAGAACGCCAGCCUCUUCGUGAAGAUCCUCAUCGUGGAGAUCUUUGGCAGUGCAAUCGGCCUGUUUGGUGUCAUCGUAGCCAUUCUGCAGACGUCAAAAGUAAAGAUGGGCGACUAGAAGGUGCAUCCACACUCUGACAAGAUGAAAAGACACUGCUGGAAAAAAUAAGAUGGAUUAUUGUGUAAAUACAUCGUAAAUUAUUUAAAUGUCUCUAUUUGCCUGGGAUUGUUUUUAGCCAUUAUUCAUGCAAGAGUGGUUCCCUUACACCCUGCUGUCUCGUCUUGAGAGAUACAUUAAUGUUGAAUAAGAAAACUGGGAGGAAACAAUCACCAGAUGCCAGUGUUUUUCCAUGCGAUGUGUUUGCCUCAACAACAGAUCAGCUUGAUGUUUCAGAGCUGAAUUGCUUUCCAGUUUUAGGGAUACCGUCGCCUCAUUGAAGUUGGGGACAGUUUUUUUCUGACAUUUCAUGUUUCUGACCACUCUUGGAUAAAUGAUGAGUUAAAAACCUCACUAGACGAUUUGAAAAUAUUUGUUCGUGUGUGUGUAUGCUGGAUAUGUGAUCUUUUUGUUUUCUUUUUUUUUUUUCCUGUGAAGCAUGAGGGUGUUUAUUAUUAUAGCCUGGUCUGUCAUUUUAUCUGUUGUUUUUUGUUAAUGUGCUUCGCUAAUAAGCAAGUGGUCCUUAAGCCACACACUGUGGCCCAGACACAGUACUCAUCAGACCUCCUAAUGUAGAAUCAGACGAGAAGUGUGACAUUUAGAAUUAAAGUACUGAAGUGAAAUAGUUAUUGAGGUCCCUGGACAGUCGGCCGUGUUUUUUAUUUGGGAGGAAGUGAUGUCAGAUCAGAGCUGUACGUCUGAGCUGAACCUCUGAGCUGAAUACGUCAUCCUGUCAAUCAUUGACCUUCCUCACAAAAAUCUUAUGGAACUAAGACAUCAACAUUUACCCUCCUGUGCAGCCACUCCUCCUUAAUGUGUUUUCUUUUUCUAGUUUUAGACGUCUAUUCUGGUUGUGAUCAACUUUUCAAGUAUUAACUUGACAAGAAAAGUGCAUCAUUAAGUUGGAAGCAUCAAAAAAGUUGUUGAUACCCAAAAUCAUUAGUUUGAGAGGAUUUUAUGUCGAGAGAGCGAUCUUAGCAUGAAGCUUUCUAGUUAGGAAAGCUGAUGUGUUUUUAAUGUAGCUUACAUGAACAAAUAAAGUAUGGAGGAUUCAAUAUGAUAAGGCCAUAGGCUUUCAUUGGCUUAGAUUGGAUGUUUUCUCAGGUGGCUUCUAAACUCAACAUAGAGAUAUACAAACAGCUUUAUCUAAACAAUAUCAUCUUAUUUAAAUAUCAACAAUAAUCCCACUCUACACACUUCACAUCUCCUUAUUGGCUCAUUGAAAUGUAUUUUUUGAAUGUACAUCUUUACAUGUUAGCCGUGUUUCCACUUGAUUUUUUUCACAUUCCUAUAGAGAAGCUUAAUGUGUGUUAAAAGCUGAGUCAGUGUUUUUUUUGUUGUUGUUGUAAAGAGUACAUUUUAAAAUGACACAAUAGACUCCAAAAAAUCACGACAAAGCCAUCCUUACAUGUUUGACAUUGUAGUUCUCGUACUUUUUAGCACCUGGUAGCUAUAAAGAGUUCCAGCUGUUUACAUGUGAUGCUGAUUUGUAAAUCUGGCUUAAUUCAGUAUUUUUGCAGACUGUUUAAUAAGGACGCUGGGCACUGAUUCAAGAAGCUCGUAUUGAAACAUAUAAGUUGACACUUUUUGUUUACUGAAUCAUUCCACACGGUAGGAUGACAGACCAUGGCAGAUUGUGAAUUGUCUAAAGUCUUUCCUGUAUUUUUUUCUUCUGACCCUCUCGUGAAGUUGUGAAUGAGUGUAAACAUUGAAUCUAAACUUGGGGGAACUGGAUUGUCUUAAAUGGACCCAGACCUGGUCUCCCAAAGGUGUCUGAGUAGCGUCUUUGCCCUGAUGAUGUUUUUUUUUUGUGUUUUUAAUCAGAGACGCUUCUCCCAUGAUUCCUUUGGUCAACCAGGCUGUGAACAAUCCCUGGGCUUUCAGUGACUGUAGUUGGUACCGUGUGUGCAUUAUGUUGAUGUGAUGGUGAUAAGAAAGUAUCUCAUUGUUUUGACAUUGUGUAUAAUAAUGACAAAAACAGAUCCUCACUCCUGGCUUCAUAAAUGUCAUUGAGAAAAUAAAACUGUCCAAUCAAGA